AGUAUAAGAGCAGUUGACAACAGCCUCUUCUAUCUGCUGCUUGCUCCACCAUGAAGCCUGCUAAGCUGGGGUCUCUCCUGGGAUUCUCCCUCUUCUGCUUACUCAGUCCUCCGGUACUGAGCGGUGUUGAACGGCUUGCUGAGCAUCUCUGCAAAGAAUACAACGAUCCUUGUGUUUUGAAAGUGGAUCCUGGCAGCUGCUAUGAAGUGCAUUUUAGAUUUUUCUACAACCAGACUGCCAAAGACUGUCAGGUUUUUCUGUACGGUGGAUGCAAUGGUAAUCUUAAUAACUUCAAGCUUAAAAUCGAGUGUCAAGUAGCUUGCCAUGAAAUAUACAAAAAACCGCCUCCCCCACCGAGCCGGAAAAGGAAGCGUUCUUUAAGAGAGUUGGCAACAAAGAACCUUGCUAUGGAUUUGAGAUUGACCACUCUCCAGCCUGGUAGACUGAAGCAAACAGAAAGAAAAGAGACCUCGCUACAGAGAGCAUGGAGAGAGUCCAGAAGAUAUCCCCUGGCCAGGCUUCGCACCUAGGCAGCUGCAAAGAAAACCUGAACCUGAGCCUGAGCUGGAACUUAAAAGUAUGUGUGUUCAUGGAGGUUCUUGGAUGGACCAUCUGAAAUAAAGAUUCAAGAAGAUUCAGAGCAAUGUUUAGAUUUUUUGGAACAUGUCCAUAAUCUUCAACACUUUGAUUCACUAUUUUCCUGUUCCUGAUUUUGUCUUUCCUGAAAUAAAAAUUAC